CGCAUAACAUGAACUGCGAAAAGGCGGAAUACGAAGUGCAGAUCGGCAAAGAGUAUAAAACGGUCGAAAAAGAGUUCAUCGCGUUGAGGGUUGACAGUGUGCGGAUGUUGAGUUGCAGUGAUCAGCAGACUGACGAUGGGUGGAUACUGAUCGCAGAUCGGGUCCAGGAGUACCUGAUCAGAGUCCGGGAGUUUUUUAACAGUAAACUAUCACACAUCAACUCGAUGGAGUCCACGUGGACUUUAAGACGCAGGACCCUCGCUUUAGAAGCAUUAAAAAAGUUGUAUACACACGACGUGUCCAGGAUGGACGAUUGGAUCGAGUCGGUUGUAGAGAUUUAAUCACACACUCAAAUGGAAUUUAAGAGUCCUAAAUAAACAGAUCAUUUAACAGAAAAAAUUGAGUUCAAAGAAGAAUUAUUCAUUACAAAAUAACAUAGAUUCGUUGAAGACAAAUAAAAUAAAGGAAAUCGAUUUUAAAACUCUUUCAUGGAGAUUCUUUUAGUUGGAACCAUUUUAAUAAAUUAUCAUUGUGAGGUUUAA